ACUUUCCCCAUCAGCGCGUGAUCAUUGCGUAUCCUCAGUCAAAAGUAACUGUAAGACGUUUGUUCUGGCUCAGUGUAGGUGGGUUUAUGUGGUUAAACUCAGGGUAAUUGUAACCCUUGGUUUGCACUAAUAUAAGUCCGUUUUGGUUUUCUUUGUAACGACGUGUAACUGAUUCAGUGACCAUGACCGGACGGAAUGCAGUGGAUGAUGUCAGGGCUUUAGUGGCGGCGGCAUGCCGUGUUUAUCGAGAUACCUUCGGCGAAGAUCCCCAGGUGGCUGUCUGCGCUCCCGGCCGGGUCAAUUUAAUCGGAGAGCACACCGAUUAUAAUGAAGGAUUUGUUCUGCCAAUGGCUUUGCACCUUGCGACUGUUAUGGUGGGCAGCAGCACUCCUGGACAGAGCUGCUCUGUUGUAACCAUUGCAGAAUCUGCAGAUGAGCCAAAAAAAGUGGACUUUAAUUUACCAACAAACAGUGCAUCUCUGACAGGAGGACAGCCUGUCUGGGCCAAUUAUGUUAAAGGCGUGGUGCAGCACUACAGAGCUCAGCCCCUGCCUGCAUUUAAAGCUGUAAUAGCCAGCAGUGUGCCACUGGGGGGUGGACUGUCCAGCUCGGCUUCACUUGAAGUGGCGGUCUACACCUUCCUUCAGCAGUUGUGUCCUGAUGAUGGGGAUAAGGUAGCAAAGGCACUAGCGUGCCAGAAGGCAGAGCAUACUCAUGCUGGUGUACCCUGUGGUAUUAUGGACCAGUUUAUUUCAGUGCUAGGCAAAGAGGGUCAUGCAUUGCUCAUUGACUGCAGAUCACUGGAGGCCACUGCUGUUCCCCUGGCUGAUCCUGGUCUGGUUAUCCUUAUCACAAAUUCCAAUGUGAAGCAUGCUUUGACAGGAAGUGAGUAUCCCAGCAGACGAAAGCAGUGUGAGAAGGCAGCGGCCACUAUGGGCAAGAGCAGUCUAAGAGAGGCCACAAUGCAAGAUCUGGAGGGUGCAAAAGACAGAUUGGACAGUGUCACAUAUAAACGAGUAUGUCAUGUUAUCGAAGAGAUUGAGCGCACCGCAAAGGCAGCUGAGGCCCUUAAAAGGGGAGGUUAUCAAGAGUUUGGAAAGCUAAUGGUGGAAAGCCACAAUUCUCUUAGAGACCUUUAUGAGGUGAGCUGUCCAGAGCUGGAUGUGCUGGUAACUGCAGCCAUGGAGGUUGAUGGAGUCUUCGGGAGUCGGAUGACAGGUGGAGGGUUUGGUGGAUGUACAGUUUCACUGCUUAGGUCUGAUGCCACUGAGAGAACUAUAAAGCAUAUAAAGGAGAGAUAUAGCGGAUGCCCAACUUUUUACAUAACUACCCCAUCAGAUGGCGCUCGGGUCCUCAGUGUCUUUAAGGAGAAUCAAUAAGGAAGUCAAAUUGCCAUUUCAACAUUUAAGCACAUGUGGUGAUGACUUCAUUCCAUCUUAAUCAGUGGCAAAUAUUCCAAAUAGAAAGUCCUGGUUCAUGUAAUUUUAACCUCUUUAAAAAAAAAUUUUAAAUUUAACUCUAAACUUUUUAUUUUCACAAUUAUGAGGAAAAAAUAAUGUACAUUUUAAAAUGCUUUUUUAAAUAAACGUCAGUUUUUCUCAUGCAUUAAUGUGUACCCUCAAUGACCCAUUUAAAAUCGUACAGUAAUUUGGGCUGCAAAUCGGUCAGAUACUGUGCUUAUUUAAUUGUGCUUGUAAAUAUGCCCUGAUACUAGUAUCCACCUGCACAGCGGACUGCGUAACACUGGGUGUUCUGAUUCCUUUCUGUCAUGGCCAGCAUUGAUUUAUAAAAAAAAUUUCAGC